AUGCCCAACUUAUUUAUACACAUUACAGGACAAUUUCCACAGAGUGUUAAUCUAAAGCCUGGCAGUGAAACGCGUCAGCUAUGGGAGAAAAUGCCAUUUCCUCUAACAUUCAAGAUCUACGUGUUCAACGUGACCAAUGCGCAGGAUAUUGAAAUGGGCGGCAAGCCGAAGCUACAGGAAGUGGGUCCAUUUGUAUACGACGAGUGGAAGGACAAAUAUGAGCUAAUGGAUAUAGAAGCGGAGAAUGCGAUUAGCUUUAACAUGCGCAACACAUUUCAAACGCGCGCCGAUCUGGGUCUCAGCGGCGAGGAGCUCAUAACUAUGCCACAUCCACUGCUGCAGGUAAGCCCAAAAACGGAAGAAGCUUUUUUCAUGACCAUUGCGAACUUGGAGCAGCCAGCCGAAACGCUGGCAACUGUGGCCCUGGGCCUGGACAUCAUUUUCAAGCCGCAGAGCGCUUUUAUUACAGCCAAGUUCAAGGAUCUCUUCUACGCUGGCAUCGAUAUCAACUGCGACCAGGAGCAUGCGGCUGCACAGGCCAUUUGCCAGCAGUUCCAAGCGGGCGCAGUGCCCGGCGCGCUGCCAGUGAAUGCCACCCACUACAAGUUCUCCCUGAUGGGCGCGGGCAAUCACACAAAUGCCGGUCGCUUUAAGGUCUCACGCAGCAGAUCGCGGCAGUCGUCCGUGGGACGUGUGCUCGCCUUCAAUGAGGCGAAGCAGCUGCACAUCUGGCCGGAGCUAAAUAAUACCAGCUGCAAUCGCUUGCGCGGCACAGAUGGCACCAUCUUUGCGCCACUUAUGCGACCAGAGCAGGGUCUCUGGAGCUACUCGCCACAGCUGUGCCGCUCCCUGACGCCCCAGUGGAUGGGCAGGACGAAAUACAACAGGCUGCCCGCUCAGCGCUAUGAGCUCAACUUUGGCUCGGCACGCGUAAGUCUUGCAAGAACAACUUUUAAAUUAAAUAAUCAAAAAAAAAACAUUCAAAUAGUCUUAGAAGAAAAUCUCAUAAGUACAAAAUAUAAGAAAUCCCAAAUCACAAGAAAAAACAAAUUGAAUCAAGCUAGCCAACAUGAACAAACGAAAAUAAUAUUUUUCCAGACGGAACCGGAUUUGCACUGCUACUGCACGGACUAUCCCGACAAUUGUCCGGCUGAUGGCACCAUGGAUCUGGUACGCUGCAGCGGCACACCUUUAAUGGCCUCCUUGCCGCACUUUUAUCAGGCAGAUCAAAAGUUAUUGGCUGAAGUUGAGGGAGUGCAGCCAACAGCUGCGAAACAUGCCAGCAUAUUGAUCUUCGAGCAGUUUUCCGGCACAGUGCUCUCCGUGCAUAAUCGCCUGCAGUUCAGCCUGAAAGUGGCGCCCGUGAAGGAUGUGCCAUUGAUGUCGCAGCUGCGUUCCUUGGCCAUGCCGCUCUUUUGGAUUGAGGAGUCGCUGCAGCUGGACGAACAAGUUACACAGCUGCUGCACAAAAAGAUAUUUGCGUAGGUUUGCGGGAGAACUUGUGAAAGUUACAAUAUUAAUGCUUGGCCCAUUUCCUUUCAUGUACAGCGUAUUAAAUGCCAAUAAUUGGUUUAGAUGGCUGUCCAUUGGAUUGGGAAGCUUCGGUUGUAUACUCGGAGCUCUGUUUUUGCAUUUAACUCGCAGCGAUGCGAAGCGCGUGGGCGUCAUCGAUGCGGAAUGAAUAUCAAUACAAUUCUAUCCUUAUCCGGCUACACAGCAGCGCGUGCGUUUAAACCAUUUGGAAAUUAUAGUCACACAGCUCCUGAUCUCUCCUUACAUGAUAAUAAUUUUGUUGCUUUCCCAUCGAUGUCUACAGCGUUCACAUUUUAAAAUAGUUCAGUUGAAUGUAUUAUACGAUUCGAUAGUGCCUUGGAACAGCAUUACGGAUAUAGAUAUAGAUAUAUAUAUAUACAUAUAUAUAUUUCUAUAACUUAUUGUUAGGCAUACGCACUAUCCUAAAUAAAAGACAUGUACGAAUGUGUGGACAGCAA